AUGGUUGUAUAUCGUGUCUGCAUGGCCACAGGCCACUACUUCUUGGCUGGGACUCUGGAUUCCAUCUCUGUCACUCUGGUUGGGACAAAUGCUGAGAGCCCCAAGCAGCGGUUGGAUCAUAUUGGCAGGGACUUCAACAGAGGGGCUGUUCAAAAAUACAAGGUAAACUGUUCCUGUGAACUAGGAGAACUCCUUCUGGUUCGGAUACACAAAGAGCGAUAUUCCUUCUUCCCCAAAGACUCUUGGUAUUGCAGCUACAUCACCGUCAGGGACCCCAAUGAAGUGGUCACCUGCUUUCCCUGCUACCAGUGGAUCGAGGGUUACUGCAUGGUGGAGCUCCGUCCAGGCACAGGAAAAACCAUCUGCCAUGACUCCCUCCCUUUGCUCUUGGAUCAUCGGAAAAAGGAGCUCAGGGCCAGACAAGAAUGUUACCGCUGGAAAAUCUAUGCCCCUGGCUUUCCCAGAAUAGUGGAUGUCAACAGCUUUGAGGAGAUGGAAUCAGACAGGAAAUUUGCUUUGACGAAGUUGACACCCUCUGCAGACGAGGAUUCCAGUGGGAAUCGCUACCUGCCAGGCUUCACCUUCAAGAUAGACAUCCCAUCCCUGACACACAUGGAUCCAAAUAUCCGAUACUCAUUCACUAAGACAGCAUCUCUACUCUCCAAUGCUAUACCUCCAUCCCUAGGUAUGAAGAUCCGUGGUCUCUUAAACCGGCAGGGCUCUUGGAAGAAACUGGAUGACAUCAGAAAGAUCUUCUGGUGCCACAAAACAUUUACCUCACAGUACGUGACCGAGCACUGGAAGGAGGACCACUUCUUUGGCUACCAAUAUCUGAACGGCGUGAAUCCUGUCAUGAUCCAUCAGAUCUCCAGGCUGCCCAGCAACUUCCCUGUCACUGACCCCAUGGUGGCUCCCUCCCUAGGUCCCAGCACCUGUCUGCAGGCUGAGCUGGAGAAGGGAUCAAUUUUCCUGGCGGAUUACUGGAUCCUUGGGGAAGCUCCCGUGGGCCAUCUGAAUGGCAGGCCCCAAUAUGUGGCUGCCCCACUCUGCCUACUUUGGCUCAGUCCUCAGGGUGCUCUUUUGCCCUUGGCCAUCCAGCUCAGCCAGACACCUGGUCCAGACUGCCCCAUAUUCCUGCCCAGCGACUCAGAAUGGGACUGGCUCCUGGCUAAGACUUGGGUGCGAAAUUCAGAGUUCCUCAUCCAUGAGAACAACACUCAUUUCCUCUGCACCCAUCUCCUCUGUGAAGCUUUUGCCAUGGCUACCCUGCGCCAGCUUCCCCUCUGUCACCCUAUCUACAAGCUCCUGCUCCCUCACACAAGAUACACACUCCAAGUGAACACCAUUGCCAGGGCCACCCUGCUGAACCCUGAAGGUCUGGUGGACCAGGUCACAUCCAUUGGGAGGCCAGGCCUGCUAUACCUGAUGAGUACAGGCCUUGCCCACUUCACCUACACCAUGUUCUGCCUCCCUGACAACCUGAAGGCCCGGGGGGUCCAGUGCCUCCCCAACUACUACUACCGUGAUGAUGGCAUGAAGAUAUGGGAAGCCAUUGAGAGCUUUGUCAAUGAAAUUGUGAAUUACUACUACCCCAGUGACAUCUUUGUGCAGCGGGAUUCAGAGCUCCAGGCCUGGGUGGGCGAAAUUUUUACCCAGGCUUUCUUGGGCAGGAAGAAUUCAGGUUUCCCAAGUUGCCUCAAUACCACCGAAGAGCUAGUGAAAUUCCUCACUGCUGUCAUCUUCAACUGCUCUGCUCAGCAUGCAGCUGUCAACAGCGGGCAGCAUGACUUUGGAUCCUGGAUGCCCAAUGCUCCAUCAUCUAUGAGGAACCCUCCACCCCAAACUAAGGGUACAACCACCCUUAAGACUUACCUGGACACCAUCCCUGAGGUGAACAUCACUUGUAAUAAUCUCCUUCUCUUCUGGUUGGUCAGCCAAGAACCCAAAGACCAGAGGCCCCUGGGCACAUAUCCAGAUGAACAUUUCACAGAAGAAGCCCCCAGGCAAAGCAUUGCUGCCUUCCAAAAUCGCCUGGCACAGAUCUCUGAGGAAAUCCAGAAUCGGAACAAGACUCUGGACUUACCUUAUGCCUACCUAGACCCUCCCCUCAUUGAGAACAGUGUUUCCAUUUAGUACACCCCACCUUUUGAUGCCUCUAGUAGUAAACAGGAUCUCUGAAUGAUGAUCUCUCUUCAGAGAGAAAGGCACGAACUUGAUUAUAACAAGAGCCAUCAACUGCUCCCAGGUCUAACAGAUCUCUAAAGGUCA